AAACCGGAAUAAACCGGUAUAGUUUUUUUAUCAAAUAGAUUUUUUAGUUUCGCUGUGAACAAAAUAAUUAACGGAAAAAAAUGGAAAGAGCGAUCGAGAGACAAAGGAUACUGCUUCAUCAUCUUCAACCUUCGUCUUCUUCUGACGCUUAUCUCUCUGCCUCAGCUUGCUUGGCCAAAGAAAGUGCUGCAUAUCAAUAUGGAGAUGAUGUUGUCAUUGUCGCGGCACAAAGGACUGCACUUUGUAAGGCAAAACGUGGCAGCUUCAAGGAUACUUACCCAGAUGAGUUGCUUGCAUCUGUAUUGAGAGCAUUGAUAGAGAAAACAAAUGUAAACCCAAGUGAAAUUGGUGACAUUGUAGUGGGUACUGUUUUGGGACCAGGAUCUCAGAGAGCCAGUGAAUGCAGGAUGGCUGCGUUCUAUGCUGGUUUCCCCGAAACUGUUCCAAUCAGAACCGUGAACAGACAGUGUUCAUCUGGCCUUCAAGCUGUUGCUGAUGUCGCCGCUGCCAUAAAAGCAGGUUUUUAUGACAUUGGUAUUGGAGCGGGGCUAGAGUCCAUGACAACUAAUCCAAGGGGAUGGAAAGGACCAGUCAACCCAAAGGUGAAGAAGUUUGAACAAGCACAUAGUUGCCUUCUUCCAAUGGGUAUUACUUCAGAGAAUGUAGCACACCGGUUUAAUGUUUCAAGGGAGGAGCAGGAUCAAGCUGCUGUUGAUUCUCACAGAAAGGCUGCUUUUGCUACUGCUUCUGGUAAAUUUAAGGAUGAAAUAAUCCCAGUAAAAACCAAGAUCGUUGACCCAAAAACAGGUGAAGAGAAAUCCAUAACCGUUUCGGUGGAUGAUGGGAUACGUCCUAACACAACCCUUUCCGGACUUGCAAAGCUAAGACCAGUGUUUAAGGAAGACGGAACCACAACUGCUGGAAAUUCUAGCCAAUUAAGUGACGGUGCAGGAGCUGUUCUCCUUAUGAGGAGAAAUGUCGCAAUGCAGAAAGGCCUUCCCAUUCUUGGUAUAUUCAGGACAUUUGCUGCAGUUGGUGUGGACCCAGCCAUCAUGGGGGUUGGACCAGCUGUUGCCAUUCCUGCUGCAGUCAAGGCUGCUGGUUUAGAACUCAAUGACAUCGACUUGUUUGAGAUCAAUGAGGCGUUUGCAUCUCAGUUUGUUUAUUGUCGGAACAAGUUGGGGAUUGACCCGGAAAAGGUCAAUGUCAAUGGAGGGGCCAUAGCCAUCGGACAUCCCUUGGGCGCUACAGGCGCCAGAUGCGUUGCGACGCUGCUGCAUGAGAUGAAACGCCGUGGUAAAGACUGUCGUUUUGGCGUAGUGUCAAUGUGCAUAGGUUCGGGAAUGGGAGCAGCCGCUGUGUUUGAGAGGGGAGGCGGUGUGGAUGAGCUCCGCGAUGUCUGGAAAGUGGAAGGACUAUAAGGCCUUUUGACCAAGGAGCCUAGCUAGGGACUUUUACAAAUUAGAACACACUACUACAAAUAAACAUCAUUACAAAUAAGUGCUUUAUAGAUGAAUAAAUCAUAACAAUAGUA